AUGGAGACUACCGCCACCAAACUUCAAGCACGAGCUUAUCAGCUCGAGAUGUUUGAGGAAUCUAUGAAGCGAAACAUCAUAGUCGCUAUGGCUACGGGAUUAGGCAAAACUAAUAUUGCGAGCCUCAGAGUAAGAGCUGAAUUGGAGCGUUCACCAACAAAGAGAGUCUGGUUUACAGCACCGAAUACAAUCUUGGCCGAGCAGCAGCACUACUUCCUCUCGUCUCAAUUACCGGAGUAUCAGAUGCGGACGCUGCUUGGCCAUGACAAGGUCGACCUAUGGCGGACGCCGGCAAUAUGGGAUUCAGCUUUGGCAGAUAUGCACGUUGUCGUAUCCACUCCACAGGUUCUUCUGGACGCUCUGCGAAAUGCCUUCGUGCAACUUGAAAGAAUAUCUCUAUUGGUCGUUGAUGAAGCGCAUCAUUGCCAAGCUGGAGACCCUUCAGCUCGUCUUAUGAGCCAAUGCUACCAUCCCUUGAAACAAAGGAACCCUUCAGCUGUCCCUCAUAUUCUCGGAUUGACGGCUAGCUCUCGCAUAAGCAACAAGACAGCAUCUACUAAGGACUUGGAGUCAACCCUCGAUGCGGUCUGUUGUAUGCCUACAGUGUCACUCCCAGAAUAUGCUUCUCACGUAUACAAGCCAGAGGUAGUUGGACUUCCUUUCACUCCAGUCUUCCACCAGAGUUCACAGGUAUUGGCCACUUUGACAGACGUGGCUGCCGCCGCUUUGAUGUGCAAUGACCCUUACUACAAAACACUGAAAACAGCCUGCGAUCAAGUCUCGGCCGAAAAGCUAAGGAAAGUUGAAAAGAAAGGAUCUACACCUGCAAUCAGAGAAGUGAAAUCUCUCCUGAACAAUGCAUCCUACCUAGAGUCGAGUCUUGGAUCCUGGGCGUCAGAUUGUUUCGUGAGGAGCUGCGUCGAUAACUGGCACAGAGGGCUGGUCCAGGAUAACGUUUUCCACGAGUCCAUGAAUCGGAAAUCCAUGACGUUCGUCGAUGAGCUACUCAGCCCUCUCCGAGGCAUCUUCAAUGCUAAUCAGACUCUGACAACCCCCGUCUUCUCUACAAAAGCACAGGUGUUGGUAGAUUUCCUUGCCUCUGAAUACCACAAAGGUAUAGCUAUCAUUAUCUUCGUGGAGCGAAGAUCUACAGCCUACGCCCUUUCGGAAUUGCUCUCCGCAACUCCCCAGCUGUGCAACUAUCGCAUAUUCUCUUUCGUUGGCUUAGCAUCUUGCAGAUAUGCAUCCUUGGUUGACCUAGCUGACAGAAGAGUACAAAAACAAGCCUUUGCCGAUUUUAGGAGUGGAUCUCAAGAUAUCUGUGUCGCUACAUCGGUUGCUGAGGAAGGUAUUGAUAUUCAGGCAGUGAACCUGGUGAUUCGUUAUGAUGAUCCAAAGCAGUUUGUUUCACAUGUGCAGAGUCGAGGCCGUGCCCGUAAGGAGAAAUCAAAAUACGUGUAUUUCCGUGAUCUGCAAGCACCGAACAACAAAUACCUUGAGUGGGGUAUUUUUGAACAACAGCUUGAGCAGGAGUACCAGAAGGAUGAGGAGCUUCGAAAAGCCGCUGUGGUGUCCAACGACCUUGAUGAAGAUGAUGGCCAGAAAUACGCUGUUCCCACUACGGGUGCGAUAUUGGUGCACGACAACUCUAUGCAACACUUACAACAUUUCUGUACGGUCAUCUCUGGCGGCAUGGAGCCUAUUUACAUAUUGUCCGGCACUCUCGGAGAGUCUGUUACAGCAAAGGUCAUUCUUCCCUCAUCGGUGCCCUCUCCACUUCAAGAAGCCACAUCAACGCGAGCGUGGUUUGGUGAGCGAGCGGCUAAAAGAGACGCAGCUUUCCAGGCAUACAGAGCUUUGCAUGAAGCAGGUCUUGUGACAGACCACUUAGUACCCAUUCAGCCGGAGAAGUCAAAACACCCACAACCUAGACACGGUCACCGGCAAUACGAGAUCUGUGCUGAAUUCGAUGUUUGGCAUUAUAUGCUAGCAGAAGACGAACCUUUCAAUUAUCUUGUGCGGAUCACUCGUGGCGAGGAGAACUACGCGAAUCUGAUAACGACCAUGCCGUAUAGGAUGUGUCAGCACCUCAGUUUUACACUCUGUGAAAGUGCAUCGAGGCAGUUGGACGUUACAAUCCAACCCUUGGGCUCAUUCCCUCGCCAAAAACCUCUGCAGGCAAAAUCCGUCACGAAACGGCUCGUUGAAACUGCCUUUCGAGUUGGUUCAGCAUCAGAAAGUUUCGAUGAUCCAAACCGUCUGCCACUGUUACUGCUUCCUGAAAGUUGUUUCGAUGAGGAUAGAGCUUUGGAGACAUCGAGUCUACAGAAUUUUUUGAUGACAAGAAGUCAUCUCUGUCACCCACAGCCUCUAUUGGUCUGGAAAGCCCAAAGUCAGACGCCUCAUCUGUGGCAUGCGCCGCGGUCUACGAAGGUGCCAGGGAACACUAUAUCUGAAAUAUUGGCGACAAAAGUUAGCAAGUUGCAAGUCUAUACAGCAGCUCGUGGUGCAGAUACAGGUGGCAGCUCGACCGCAACUUUGCGCACUCUAGCUACGAACGAAUGUCAGACUCGAGGACUUGCUACAACGCUUGGACCAAGUAUUCUGUUGUUGCCUUCAAUCCUCCAUUUCAUGGCCGCAGCUAUGAGAGCUGAGCAUGCGCAAAAUAGUGUCCUGAAAGCCAUUGAAUUCAUGGACGCGAGCCUACUUACUCAAGCCUUGAUUUCGAACUCAGCGUCUGGGUUAUUCAACUAUGAGCGAAUGGAAUUUCUCGGAGAUGCAUAUCUCAAGUUUCGGACUUCUUUCUCUAUGUUCUCUGACAACCCACUCGCGACGGAAGGCGUGCUUACUAUGAAAGUGCACGAAGUCAUUAACAACCAUAGGCUAGAGCAAGCAAUACAGACUUCAGGGAUGGAAAAGUACAUUACUACUCAGGUUGCAGCCCAGAAGCACUGGAAGCUACCUGCAACUAACGACAAGCCGGAAGGCCGAGCACAACGAAAAGUCAACUCGAAAACGCUGGCAGAUGCUGUUGAAAGCAUUCUCGGGGCUGCAUUCAUUGAUGGAAGCAGGGUUGGCCUUGCAGACGAGAGGUGCACAGCAGUGUUAGAGCUUUUUCUUCCUGAGAUCGUGUGGCUGCUACCACGCGAGAUCGUGGACGCAUUUCUGGCACAACGUGCAGUCGAAAAUCCAGGCGCUCUCACGAUGGCGGUGGAGAGCAUGCUUUGUUACCGUUUCCAGAGACUAUCUCUGCUUCAUGAGGCAUUCACUCACUCCAGUUUGUUGCGGGGACAAUCAUCGCUCGAUCGCCUUGAAUUCUUAGGCGACGCCAUCGUUGAUCAGAUUGUCAAGGUGAGAUUGUUUAAGUGGUCGAAAUUGAGCGCUUACCGUAUGACUAUUUGUCGUGCCGCACUAGUCAGCCAUGCCCUGCUUGCUUACUAUGCCUUAAGCCUCAACUAUGUUCGCGAACGAAAUGAGCUGCAUACUCGUGGCGAGAACUCGGUCACAGUCGAGCAGGUACAGACAGUCGUCUAUGCAACUGACAUGAUUCAAUUUUAUGACGCAGAGCUUCAAAAGCCUAUCCAAGUAGCAAGGACCAGGUUCGAAACAACUAAGAACGACAUUGAGGAGAGUCUUCGUGGUGGUGUUUUCCCAUGGGCCAUACUUCAGAGACUCAACGCGCCGAAAGUAUGUAGUGAUAUCAUUGAGUCACUCAUUGCAGCGAUCUACCUCGACUCUCGUGGAUCUCUCGUUGAGUGUGAAAAGAUGUUAGACCGUCUUGGCAUGCUUACACUGCUGGACAAAAUGGCUGACAACGACGCCUUUGAGGUACGAACACCUUCAGCUCGCUUGCACGAAGUAUGCGCUCAGAGACAUCUUGCUUUUAAAUUCUGCUCAACUAAGGAUGAGGUCGAAAUGCAGUAUGUCGGUAAAGUGCUUAUUACUGGUCCUAAUGACGAGCAGCACUGGGAUUUCGUCGGGCCUUCAGCCAGCUGUGACGCUGAGGCAAGGUCGAGUGCUGCUGAGACUGCUCUAAGAGCUAUCCUGGCAGGAGAGUGUAAUGUCACUGAAGCUCAACAAACUUCAAAUGAAGUCGCUGGCUCGCAAGAGGUUGAGAUGACUGGUGUGGAUGACGAAGAGAUGUCUGAAGUUGAUGGAGAAGGAGAAGGGGGCGUGAUUGUCUGCCAGCAACAAAAGCAUAUCUAA